AUGGCAAUCGUGGACCAGAUUCCAAGUGCAAGCCGCGAAACUACUAUAUAUUCCGCUACAUACUUCACAUGCAUCAUCGCUUGCAAACGUAAAUAUAAGAAGAUCAAGGAAACAAUAGUUGCUGCAGCUCUCGGCAUCCUCUAUGUCCUCCAGUGUUAUUGUAGCACUUUGGGUUCAUCACUACUACCCGUUUCCACAUCGACUCUUUUAGCUUCUACCCAGUUUCCAUUCGCAGACUUGUUUGCUUAUGUCAUUGUUAAGCAGAAGAUUACUGUAUAUAGAACAAAUGCAAUAGUUUUGCUUACUCUAGGAGCUGGAAUAUUGGCUGUUCGUGUGAAUGGCGACCGUUCAACUGGCGAGUCAAUUAAGAUGUAUUUUCUUGGGUUCAUGAUGUCGCUUUCAGCCGCAGCUUUGUAUGGGAUAGUGCCGCCACUCUUAGAGUUAACUUAUACGAAGGCAAAAAAGGCUGUUACUUACCCCAUGGUAUUAGAGAUGCAAAUGAUUAUGUGUUUCUCUGCUAAUGUCUUUUGCACGGUGGCGAUGAUUAUCAACAAGGACUUCCAGAGCUAUACUUCUGUCUGA